AUCAGUUGAUGGCAGCAGCAGCGAUCGAUGGGUCUGUCUCACCACCCUUCCGGUGAGAUUCACGUCAUUGUUGGGCCAAUGUUCGCUGGAAAAAGAACAGCUCUCCUUCGUCGAGUCGAAUCUGAGGGCAACAAUGGCAGAAAUGUUGCAAUAAUAAAGUCAAGCAAGGAUACGAGAUAUGCGGUUGACUCGGUGGUGACACAUGAUGGGACAAAGUUUCCCUGUUGGGCGUUGCCGGAUCUGUUGUCAUUUAGGCAAAAAUUUGGAGAUGAGGCUUAUGCCAAGGUAUUUCAAACUUGAACCAUUUGAUUUGUGUUUUUUUUUUUUAUAAUUUUUUUUUUGGUUCAGUCUAUGGUGUCCCAGUUGUUCUAUGGGCUUGGUAGCUUCAUAAGUUGGAUGUGUUUGAUAUAUUGUAAGUGAUAUUGAAGUGAUGUUACUAUAAUCUUCGUGGUUUUAUGUAAGAAGAAUUUGAUUGUU